UGUGCACAGUUUUGAAAGCAGAGAGUUUGUUGUUCCAUGGACAAACCAAUGCUACCACAGCAUCUAGUGGACAUUCUGAUCCUGAUGUGUACAAACAACUUCUUCAUCUGGAGACCGUGUUAAAUUCCAUAAUGAUGGAUCAGAAACAAUAAGUUCAGAAAUCUGAACAACAGCAACAGUUAUUAGAGGAAGAAAUUAAGAAAGCCCAAAUGAAGAUUUCAUUUUUAGAAAGUGAAAACAAAAUCUUGAGAGAAAGACUAGACGACUUCAAUUCUUCAUCCCUUUCACAACAAAAUUUGACAAUACCAGAAAAUAUUAUUCAAAGACUGGAGAGCAUCUUAAGCUUUGAAAUAGAGCAGACGAUUAUAGACAGUCAACAGAAAAUGAUGCAAAACGUAUCUUCAACAAUCACAGACCUGGAACUACGGGACAGAUAUUUAUCACUUUCACUUCUGGACGUACACAAUAUCACAGCACAUCUAUCGUCUUUCCUUUCCAGUUUGGAUGCGCAGCAGAAACAGAUGAAGAGUGAGAUUCAAACACUGACAAAUUCCCAUCAGCAUGACAUUUCCAAACUGAAUGAUACAAUUAUCCAUCUUAAGAAUCGUGUCCAAUCCAAUGUAGCUUUCACAGCUGGAAUCUUAGGAGAGUAUAGUCAGCAACAUACAUAUACAGGUACAAUUAAAUUCCCAAAAGUCAUUUACCAGGUUGGAGGAGGAUACAACCCUACAACAGGAAUACAUGUAUUCACUGCCCCAAAGGCCGGACUCUACCUCAUAUUCUGUACUAAUGUGGCAGAUGAUCAUAUUAACCUUCUGGACAUAUAUAAAGAUUAA